AUGAUUGAAAUUAGUGUUGAUAUUGGCGGGCGUCAACUUAUAUUACAAACUGGUAAUUUAGCGAAACAAGCAAAUGGAUCGGUGUUUGCUUGUUAUGAAGGGGUUUCCAUCCUUUCAACCACUUGUUGCUCUUCAAAAAUAAAUGAAGAUUUAGAUUUUAUACCCCUGCAGGUAGAAUAUAAUGAAAAAUACUAUGCUGCGGGUAAAAUUCCAGGCGGGUUUAUUAAACGAGAAGGAAGACCUAAAGAUAAAGAGAUACUCGUUUCCCGCCUUAUUGAUAGGCCUCUACGACCGCUUUUCCAUAAGGAUUUUAAGCGGGAAAUACAAGUAAUUCCCACAACAGUCUCUGCAGAUCAAAAAAACCCUGCUGAUGUCAUAGCUAUUUGUGCAGCUUCUGCAAGUGUAGCUAUAAGCGAUGUCCCCUUUGAUGGUCCAGUUGCUGGGGUUCGUGUAGUACAUAAUGAUGCACAGGGUUUUAUUGUAAACCCAAGUUUUGAUGAAAUACAUGAUAGUAAUUUAGAAAUUGUCGUAGCCGGUACAAGUGAAGGUAUUACUAUGGUAGAAGGUGGGGCAUCCGAAGUAAGUGAAGAGAUGUUUUUAGAGGCUAUUGAGUUCGCUCAUUCUUACAUUACUCUUAUCUGUGCUAAACAGCAAGAGCUUGCCUCCCUUGUUGGAAGAGAAAAAUUAGGUCUUGUGCAUGUCCCUUCUUUUCCCCUUGAAACAGAGAUAAUUCAGUUUGCAGAGAAUGAUAUGGAAAAAGCAUGCUUUGUAAAGGGUAAGUUAGAACGCAACAAUGCGAUAAAAGAAGUCAUACACACAACCCAGACACACUUUGAAGAUAAGCUUGAAGAAGGUGGGGAGAAAAAAUUGCUUGCUACAAUAGAUGAGCUAGAACAAAAAAUAGUAAGGAACUCUAUUCUUAAGAAAAAAUAUCGUUCGGAUGGACGGAAACCAGAAGACAUACGAGCUAUUUCUUGUCAAGUGGAUGUGCUUCCUCGUACUCAUGGAUCGUCUCUGUUUACACGGGGAGAGACCCAAGCGCUGGCUGUGGUGACCUUAGGCACCGCCCUUGAUGAACAGAUUUUUGAUGAUAUAGAUGGAGAUAGAAGAGAAAGCUUUAUGCUUCACUAUAAUUUCCCGCCCUAUUCAGUUGGUGAAGUAGGAAGACUGGGAACAGGUCGUAGGGAAGUAGGUCAUGGGCAUUUGGCGCAUAGGUCUCUUCUAUCAAUGAUGCCAAGCAAAAAACAGUUUCCUUACACCGUUCGUGUCGUUUCAGAAAUACUUGAAUCUAAUGGAUCCUCAUCUAUGGCAACUGUAUGUGCUGGUUCUCUUUCUCUUAUGCAAGCUGGUGUUCCGCUAGAAAGUGCGAUUGCUGGUAUAGCUAUGGGUCUUGUAAAAGAGGGGGAUGACUUUGUUGUGCUUUCAGAUAUUUUAGGUGAAGAGGAUCAUCUAGGAGAUAUGGAUUUUAAGGUAGCGGGCACAAAGAAAGGGAUUACAGGGUUUCAAAUGGAUAUUAAGAUCAAGAAUCUUAGUCCCGAAAUAAUGAAAAAGGCGUUACUUCAGGCAAAAGAUGGGCGCAUGCAUAUAUUGGAUAUUAUGAAUAAAACAAUGGAGAAAUCUAGUGAGGAGCUCUCUGAGUACGCACCACGCAUUGUUAAUUUUACUGUCAACCCAGAACAAAUAGGGGUUCUUAUUGGCUCGGGCGGUAAAACAAUAAAAGGGAUUAACGAAAAAUUCAAGGUACAAACAGAUAUUAGUGAUAGUGGAGUUGUUACUAUAUAUAGUCAGAAUGCGAAAAACGCAGAGCAAGCUAAAAGUAGUUUUCUUAAAUUACUGGAAGAACCAGAGAUACCUGAGUACAAAAGCAAAGAAGCAGCUGGAGCAGACCUUUUUGCAGUAAUUGAUGGCCCCAUCCUUAUUCAACCAUUUAUGAGGAUUCUUGUACCUACAGGAACGUAUCUUGAAAUUCCCAAAGACUAUGAAGGGCAAAUAAGGGCUCGUUCUGGUUUAGCGCUAGAACACGGUAUUACUGUUUUAAAUACCAUUGGCACUAUUGAUGCAGAUUAUAGAGGGGAAAUUAAGGUGCUUCUUGUGAAUGUGAGCAACGAAGAAUGCAGUAUUCAACCAAUGCAACGUAUUGCACAGCUUGUUAUUGCGCCCAUUGCAAGGGUGGAGUUUUCGAAAGUCAAUGCUAUUUCUCAGCUUGCCAAGAGUGAGAGAGAAGACAAAGGAUACGGCUCCAGCGGAUUAUUUUGA